UUCUUGAAGAUAACUGUUAGAAUAAUAUAUGUAAAUAUAUUAUUAUGUGAAUAUUGUGUAAUCCUUGUAAUUAGGUAACUGUAAAUUAGUUUCCUUGUUAAGCUCCUAGAUUGACUCCCUCUAGGUUGUAUAUAACCUAAUUAUGUUGAAUAGAAUAAUCAAGGGAUUAUAUUCUAUCAUGGUAUCAGAUAGCCAACCCUAGGCAAUCUCUCUUUCCUCUCUUCCCGUCUUCCGCUGCUCACGGCACACUGCCGCUGCUGCUUGGUGUUUACCGCCGCCUAUCAUGGUGAACCCAAAAUCCUCUUCUUCUUCUUUCCACCCUGCUUUGGCAGUCUCUAACAUUAAAAAUAAUAUCCCUAUUCUCCUUGAAAUGGAGAACGUUCAAUACGCAACCUGGGCAGAAUUAUUCAAAGUCCAUGCUCGGUCUCAUCGCGUUCUCCACCAUAUUAUCGCACCUAAGGAGCCCUCGGCCGCCCCUUCUUCGGACACCGACAAGGACCUCUGGGCUACGUUAGAUGCCACUGUUUUACAGUGGAUAUACUCCACCAUAUCCACGGAUCUUCUUCAUACCAUUAUCGAGCCGGAUGCUACCGCCAUGGCUACUUGGAAUCGCCUCCGUGAUAUUUUCCAAGAUAAUCAAAACUCUCGUGCUGUGGCUCUUGAGCAAGAGUUUUCUCAUCUAUCCAUGGAGGAUUUUGUCUCAGCAUCCGCCUACUGCCAGCGUCUCAAGGAGUUGUCCGACCAACUCAAAAACGUUGGUUCCCCGGUUUCUAAUGACCGGUUGGUUUUACAGUUGGUUUCCGGUCUCACGCCUGCAUAUAAUACUGUCGGUACGUUAAUUCGUCAAACCUCUCCUCUUCCUCCUUUUUAUCAAGCACGUUCCAUGUUAACGUUAGAGGAGGCCGGAUUUGCAAAGCAAACCGCCACUACUACCACCGCGGCUAUGGUGGCUACUUCUUCUGAUGAGCCCCCCACUCCCUACAAUAGUGGGAAAAAGACUUCUAAUCGGGCUCCUCAAUCGGGCCAGAAAAAUGGUGGAAAAAAUUCUGGUGGCCGGCGUGGUGGUGGCGGCGGAGGCCGUGGCUCCGGGGGUGGCCACGGUGGCCGACGUGGUGGAGGUCAUUACCCGUCCCAGCAGGCUGCCGGUGGUUGGCAGCAGCAGUGGGGAGGGUACCCGUGGCAGUGGGCGUGGCCACCAUACCCUCCCUGCCCAUUUCCUACAGCAGCUCCGUGGGCUAGGCCCACUGUUCCCAGGCCACCUGCUGUCCAUCCAGGCCCAGGCGUACUUGGACCGAGCCCCCAGGCGCAUGUUGCUGCUGCUGGGCAGCCUACUCCCACGGAUAUUGAAGCUGCAAUGUAUACUUUGGGCCUUACACCACCUGAUGGAAAUUGGUAUUUGGAUACUGGAGCAACCUCUCAUAUGACGUCAGGGCAAGGAUUAUCAGACGGGGACGCGUCUCAUGAGGUGUGACAGUCAUGGUGACCUCUACCCUAUCACCACCACUCCCACAAAUGCUCUUCCCUCUACCUUUGCAGCUUUAGCUCCAUCUUUAUGGCAUGAGCGACUUGGCCACCCCGGGACAUCUAUUUUAUCUUUUCUUCAGAAA